GCUUGUUGAAGUGAAUAGUUUGUUUUGAUUUGUACUAUUUGUAGGUAAAAUUUAGAUCUACUAAUAAAUUUUGCAGAUCAGGGAAGAUGGCAUCUGGCUUAGAUAAAUUAGGAAUACCUGGGGGUGAAGAUUUAAGAGAAGCACUCACUAAUUGUUCUGAUCCAUUAGCAGCCAUUGAAGAAUUUCAAAAUGAAAAUGGAAUUUUGCUUCCUUCAUUAAAGCCAGCAUUACCUUUCUUAGACCUUCAUGGAAUUAAACGUCUUGAAUUCCACACGUCUAUAUUGGAUCAGAUGAUAGAUAAAUUAACCACAAGAAUUAAAACUCUGGCAUCUGAUGGCGGAAAUGAUAAGUUUGAUAAAUUAGAAAGUUUGUUAGAAAAAAGUUUUCCAGUUAUUAAAAUUAAAACUGUGCGACCUGUUGUUUUGUGCAUCUUAAAACAUCUGCCAGAAAUUAAACCAGACUAUUUGAAGAUCAUAUUAGAAGAUCCAGAACUUUAUGCUGAGGCAGCUACAGAAGUAAAGCGACAGAUCUGGCAGGAUAAUCAAUCCUUAUUUGGUGACGAAGUCUCACCGCUGUUAUCACAAUAUAUUCGGGAAAAAGAUUCAUCUUUAUUAAAUCAUGAAAAUAGCACACUGACAUUUUACAGUCCUAUCCCAAAAAACAGAAGACAGGGGGAAGUUGUACAAAAACUGGUUCAUAUGAUUGGUAAAAAUGUCAAGCUUUAUGAUAUGGUGUUGCAAUUUCUACGUACAUUAUUUUUACGAACCAGAAACAACCAUUACUGUACAUUACGUGCAGAAAUAUUAAUGGCUAUACAUGAUUUAGAAAUCAAUGAAAUAUGCUCUGUUGAUCCAUGUCAUAAGUUUACUUGGUGCGUAGAUGCCUGUAUUAGAGAGAGAAUCGUCAAUGCUAACAGAGCCAGAGAACUGCAAGGAUUUUUGGAUGGAAUCAAAAAAGGACAAGAAUUUGUUUUGGGAGACUUGUCUAUGAUUCUGUGUGAUCCAUUUGCUUUAAACACAAUAUCUUUAUCAACCAUGAAAGUUUUACAACAUUGUGUUAAUACAGAUACAUUACCUAGGGAAAACAUUGAUCUUCAAUUAUUAAUAAGAAUGAUGGCUCUAGGACUUGGAGCAUGGAGUAUGAUAGAUAGUCAGUGUUUUAAAGAACCUAAGCUGGACAUAUCAUUGUUUACCAAGUUUAUACCUAUGAUAGUUGGAAUGAUUGUAGAUGAUCAAAUAAGAUCUACGACAGCUAGAAUAUCGGAAGAUUUUAAUCCUACUGCUGUACCUGUACGUCUGCCAUCAGAACUCUAUGCAGAGUAUAUCAUCGAUAGCCCUAUAGCUAGUUUGAUUGCUAUGUACUACUCACUGCAAGCCUUGAGAAUAAAAGAUAGAGUAGCAGCAUGUCAGAUUAUUCCCACCUUGAUGCAUUGUGAAAAUGAUCGGGCUUACGAUGAUACGUUCUUACAUCCCUUCGUAUCUUACCUAAUACAGAUGCCAGAAGAUUUCUCUCACAAUGAUUUUACAUCUGUUAUAUUGGAUGACUUCUUGAUGCCAGCUAUAUCUAGAGAAAGUGUGUUAAGACAUUUGUUACGUGUGUUAUGGUAUGUUCAUCAUAAGAUAACACCAACAAGACUUGAAAAUGUUAUGACAGCCGCACAACCAAGUGAAGAGCAUAGUGAAACAGUACAUAACCUCUAUCAACAAUUGAGUGUAAAAAUAUCAACACAUACGCCUAGUCCAGUUACACCACAACAACAACUUGAUUCACCUCUUAUGAGUGUUCCUGCUCCCACACCAGCUCCUCCAUAAAUAAAACUCAACAGCUUGAAUUAAAUACAAAUUCAACUUACUUUGUAUUGGUGAAUAGUUUAUUGGACUAGUAACUAUUUCAUUAUUUUUCUGUGCUGCAACUCUUAUUUUCAGCAUAUAAAGGGAAAAGAGUGGGUCCAAAUUUGUAUACAUCAACCUUUUACUUGCGUCUAAAUUGCAAUAUUGGCUUUUAAGAGAUGAUAAAUUGUACUACAAUACUAUAAAGUAUAUAAGGCCUAGAAAAAGAAUACCAGUUACAUGGCCUCCAAAAAUAGGGUCGGUUGUUCUGAAAAUCAGUUUGUUUUUUUUCCGUAGGGCUUGUAUUCUCUAUUUCCUAGCAUUUCGAGCUUAAUAACUGUGUAAGGUUCUCGAAAAUAAUACUGAAAUCUCAGUGUUGGUAUUUGUCCACAGAAAACUAUGCCAGGACCCAGUUAUAGAGCCUGACAAAUGAGAAAAAAAAAUUAGGGUAGGAGUAGGUCAGGUAUUUUUUUAUUUUGGCCUAACAGUGAAAAUAAUUAAAUUCUGGUGAGAUUUCAACACACUAUUUAAUGUACUUUAUUUUGAAAAACAGUUAAUGGUUAGUGUUAUAUAUGAAUGUACUGACAGGUAGUAAGCAAUAUGAUUAACUGGAAAAACUAAGUUAACACUGGUGGUAGUCACAAGAAUCCAGACCAUUGAUCUUAUCUUGUUUUCUAAAUGAAGGAUUCCCAAGCACCAGAAUAGUUAUAUUAUAUAAACUUGAUUGGUAUACUUAUUGUUACUGUAAAUAUUAUUAUAUAUUUUGACCUUUGAAUGAAUGAGAGAGACACAAUGAAAAGUAUCCACUGAUUUGACUAGAAGUGCUGGUGAGACACUGCAGCAGAAAUUUAAUUUCUAACAAGAUUGUUGGCUUGACAUUUACCGACACAAGAAAAUGAACAACCACUUAUGGAGGCUAUUACAAGUGUCAACACCACACUACACAUGCCCUACAGCACUGCCACACGGGGACAAUAAGCCUCUGAAUGACUGCUAGUGGGAUCCUUCUCCAUACUGGCUUAAAUGUGGUUUCCAGUAGCUCUGGUACUCAUGCUCUCCUGAAUUAACACAAUGAGCAAUGGCCUGUACUCGGUGUUCAGGUGUCAGUCUUGGCAUAGUGUUGCGUCUUCCAUGGAACUGUAGGAGUUGUACUGACCCUUGGUUUUUAAUAACCAUGUUUUAUACCCCAUGACUACAUCAUAACAUAAGCAGCAUUGCCAUUCUGUCGAAUUCUUAGCUUUGUUGUGUAUAAGAGAAUGGAUUUGUUGUGCGUUUACCGUUAGAGAUUAAUUAAAUUGUAUCUCUUAAAUUUUUGGGAUGAUGUUAAAGAUUACAUAUUUUCUUCACUUUGAGAAAGAUGUGUUGAGAAUCAAUGUAAAUUCUGUUUUCUUAAUUAAGAAAUCAGUGGAAUAAUGUUCUGAAAAACAGUUUAUAUAAGUACAGUGUUAUUUCUACUCAUAAACAACUAGAAACCCACAAAACAUGGAUAUUGUAAUAUGGAUCUUGUCAUAGAUUAUCAUAAUAAAUAUUAAUUAAUGCUUUA